AGGAAUUGCCAGCCAGAAUGAACCGGACUUCAAGACAAGAAAGAGGUGCUGGCUUGAACGAACCAGACUUCAAGACAAGAAAGAGUUGGACUUUUUUUUAUCUUUUUUUAAUUUAAGAAAUGUUAUAACAUUUCUUUUCAUUACUUUUUUUUGUAAUUUGAACAUGAAUCUGAAGACUGCUGGUUCUUCAAUGCAUGGGCUUAAUGGUGUUAGUUUCUUCAGUUUUGGGAGUCUGGCAUCAGUUCUUUUGGCUUUAGGACUUGGAUAUGCUGAUAUGACACCAUUUUUUGAACAUUUAAUGAACAAUUAUUUUUUACAAAAGAUUGAUAAUAUGUAUAAUAUGUAG